UGUCUGUUUAUUGUUGGGUGCGACUUUUGCUGACGUCAUUAGCCGGCGCCGCUGUUUGUAGCAACUGAAGCUAACGGGGAAGGCUAAUAAAGGAGUUUGGCCUCAGCUCCUUUUUCUGGAGUUAAAAGCGAGGAUGGGCCAGCAGAUCUCAGGUCAGGCGGUGAUGAACCAUCUGCCUGAGAAGCUGGUGAAACAUGUUGGGCUGGUCCGUGAAAGUGGCUACCUCACCUACGAGGAGUUUCUGGGAAGAGUGGCUGAACUCAAUGAUGUAACGGCCAUGUUAGCAGCUGGGCAGCAGAAGCACCUGCUGUUUGAAGUGCAGCCUGGGUCAGAUUCCUCCGCCCUGUGGAAGGUGGCCGUCAGAAUCGUCUGCACCAAGAUCAACAAAGAGGCGGGUACGAUGGAAGCAUCACGGAUCAUGAACCUGUACCAGUUCAUCCAGUUGUACCGUGACAUCACCAGCCAAGCUGCUGAGGUUCUGACUGCAGAUGGACCCAUGAAGUACCCGUCUGCACCACUGUCCUCCACAGACUCCUGUCAGGCCAGCAUGUGGAUGGGGAGAGUGAAGCAGCUGACUGAUGAAGAGGAGUGCUGUAUCUGUAUGGAUGGAAAGGCUGACCUCAUCCUGCCCUGUGCACACAGCUUCUGUCAGAAAUGCAUUGAUAAAUGGAGUGGACAGAGUCAAAACUGUCCCAUAUGUCGUCUGCAAGUGACCGCUGCCAACGAAUCGUGGGUGAUGUCUGACUUUCCCACAGAGAAUGACAUGGCCAACUACAUCCUCAACCUGGCUGAUGAUGUGGGCUACCCACACAUGCCUUAACACACACACACACACAGACACACAAUUUCUGAGCCAAAUAGUAAGAAGAAUGACUACUGAUGAGUCUGAUUUACACACUAAAACACACAUCAUGUCGGCUUCAUUGAGACAAUUUCCUCUUUUUUUUUUCUUUAAAAAUUCUAAAUGUGAGGUUUUGUUUUGUGUUUUUAACUAGAAACGUUGAAGAUGAUUCUCCUGAAGUCAGGACGCUGUUUGCACCUCAAGUAUUACAUAUGUUGUCUUCUGGGCAGGUGUGUGCUUUGCUGUCAAACAUAAAACAUUUUUCCUGCCUGCUUUAAGCUAAUGUACACACAGUAGCGUACAGGACAAAACUAAAGAGGAGGCCUGGUUUGUCUGAGCACUUUGUACAACAAACCCUGAAGAACAGGGCAGAUCCUCACAUCCUGAUGGCUAAACUUUACAUAAACUGUUUGAUAUUUUGUGAAAUGUUUGCUUCAGCACAGAAGUGUUAUUUCCAUUUGCCUGUUGGCACCCAUUCUUCUGGAUAAGCAUUUUGGCUGACCCAUCUUUGCAGCAGUAGAGAACAUUAUCCCAAUAAUAAUGACCUUGAUGGAGAAAAAGCUAAAGGAAAUGUGUUUCCUAGCGCCUCAAGUGCUAAUCUAAGGCACCAAACACGUUCCUUGUUCUCUCUGGUGUGAGGCGGUUGGUUCUGCAGAAACCUGCCUGCUCAGGUCCAUGUGAGCCCUGAUGGGUCAACCUGAUUUUAAUGUGGUGUUUUAUUAGCCCGUCUCUGUUAUCUAAGCUGUUCUUCUAGUUUCUGUUUUACUCAGAUAAAUAUUUUUUUGCACAUACAUUUGUCAGAAAGGAUUUAUUCUGAUUAUUGUGGGAUUACAGUAGUUUUGCACUAGUAACACACAUUCAUGCCUGCAUCUGUAAUGAAAGCGUAAGAAGCAGCCCUUCUGUGUAACCUGGCAUUCAGCAGAACUGUGGUCUUGUUCAUUUAAACCAAGUGUUUUCUCGUUUGCGGAGGUUAUUUUGCGUCUGGUGGAAGGUCCCUUUAUCUGCUCAUGUCUCUAAAGAAGCCCAAGUUUAAAUCGUCCAAAGUUGAUGCCAAACAAGCUGAUGUCAUCUUUGUAGGUUUUCUCCGUUGCAGCUCUAGCACUAAGCCCGUCUCUGCAAACAGAGUGGUCUGUGAUUGGACAGACCUAAAAUAGUUUAGGCGACCGGUAGACCUGCUGAGGCUCAGUGGGGCGUGGCUAGACCGACCUGCAGAGCAGAUUCUGCUACAGUCUGUCUGGUUUUUAGGCUGGACUGUUGCUGUAAGGCUAAAACCUGCUAUCUCCAAAAUUAAAACUAAAUGAAACUUCUUUAGUUUACAAUAAAUAAACUCUAACUUUUUGAUUGUUUUUAUUGUUAAUUCGUGUGUAGAAAGACUGAAUGAUGUCCAGUACAGUUGAGUUAUGUAACAUGGUGAAAAUGAUGACAAAUGCAGGAACAACGUUUUAGACCUACAACAACUAUAUGUGCCGUCACUAUAGUUUAAUACAUUUAUGUUUCACUGAAUUGAAGGUGUUAAUUAACACAAGAUAUCGUUCUGCAUGAUUUAAGAAGUUGUCGUUCCCCGCAGCAUUCUGUUCAGAUUACCUUAACUCCAGACUGAGUUCUCUACCGAAGCACCAGGGAGGUAACGGCACCCCUCACCCCCCUUACAUCAGUCUAAAUGCUACCUUUUUAUAGAAAUGUUUGAUGAAAAAUCAUUACUGGAGCUUACAGGAUCCACUAAUGGUUCUAUCAAUUUUAAAGUGUGGAGAAGCUUAAAUCAGUUGCAGCAUUUGCUUGUGCUCAGGCUGGGACAGUUGGAGACAUAAUUGUGAGAAAAAAACCUAAAGUUGAGCAGCCAUCACACACCUUGUGUUUAAGUUAGGAUUUUUGUUGGAGUUUGGUCACAGCGUGUCUUCAUUUAUUUGCAUUGUUCCUCAUUUCCCAAAGCUUGAAGUGUCUGGCUUAGUUUGUUCUCGUCUCCAAUCAGUCACACCCUACUUUCACAGACGGUUAACCUCUCCUAAGGCUGGCUCACUACUUUCACACAAUCUGACUUGUAAACCAAGAGCUGGGUUCAGGCAUCUGCAACGACUCGACUAACUUUCUGGCCCUGUGACCUCCGUAACGGAUGGAGAGCGCUGCUUUGUGAAUCGUUUUCGUUACCUACGGACCAGAGUUGGGUGAAUUUCUACCAGAACCAUAAUCAUUAUUAUUGUAGCAGUGUAAACGCGCAGCUGAUCAAAGAGCUGAUGUUGCAUGACUAUACAUGGUUUCUUGUAAAUAUUAAAAGCAGAGCUGCGCAUUUAAAGCACCUGAUACAUAAACGGGAUACAAUUCUGUUUUACUGUAACUCAAGGGUCACAUUAGCCUGAACUCUGUAGCAGUGACUUCAUCAUCGAGGCUAAAACUAAACUGUAAUAAUAUCCUUGUUACUGUAAUAAUGAACAGGAUGUGAAGUGUACAUUGACCGUGUUCUGGUGAUUUUACACCAUUCUGCUUUUUUUUGGUGUUCCAGGCUGUAACCAUGUAACCACUUUAUAUUCUGCAUCUUUUUCUGCAUAUUUUCUGUCUCAUGUUAUCAGAAAAUUUAUGCUAUAAAAACUCAAAAGUU